AUGUGUCGCAUGCUUACUACCGAUCAUGAUGAUGAUGAUGAUGAUGAUUAUGAUGAUGAUGAUGAUGAUGAUUAUGAUGAUGAUGAUAAUGAUGAGAAUGAUAUUGAUGAUGAGGAUGAGGAAGACGACAAUGAUGGUGAUGAUGAUGAUGAUGAGGAUAAUGAUAAGGAUGGUAAUGAAAGAAUACAAAGUUCUAGGGCGUGGCUAUCAAUUGUGUGA